AGAGCCAUUUAUCUGUUGGUCGUGGACCUAUCUAAAGACCUGGAUGAGAAAGUUAAGACAAUACGACAAUCCCGUGAUGGACCAAAACCCGACACCGCUGCCCCGGAAAAGGUCAAGGAUUACCUCGAUUACUGGUUGAACUCAAUCCACACUCAUGCUGGGAAGUCAUCUCCUGAAUCUGAAUCACUGAGUCCCCCUGUCAUCAUAGUCGGAACACACAAAGAUGCUCUUAAUGUGGAAAAGUUAAAGACCGAUCAGUACAUAAACAACUAUUUUCGCCAUAUAGAAAAGAACUUCCACGGCAAAAUCUACUUUCAUCACGUUCACAAACCAUACAUCGCAGUCGAUAACAAUUCCGAUGACGACCAAGAGUUAAACGAACUUAAGGAGACAAUCGUGCAGCUCGCAGAAGGUCAAGGAUUCUGGGGGCAGGAGGUACCUGUUAAAUGGUUGCUUCUUGAGAAAAAUCUGCGUGGAUUAAAAGUAAAAUCCCAAGGUGGAGC